CCGGUGAAACGAGCCGACGUUGGCGAGCCUGUCCUGCGUUGGGUCGGGGAAGGCAAGGUUGUCCUGCAUAUGGAGCAGCCGAGAGGGAGACACAGGGCCGCUGAUGAGAAUGUUGGCAAUAUGAAUUAACAGAUACAUUAGCAUGGGUGGGCUAAUGAGAACCACAGCUUGGGAUGACCAAGCCUCAGGUGGAUGGUUGAAGAAGCAUCUCUUCAGCAUCAAGACCCUCAGCUUGAUAGUGCUGUCAGUGCAGACUUCAACCAUGGUAUUGCUCCUUCGGUACAGCCGUACACCCACCACAAGCAACCAAACACCAUAUAUUAUAACAACUGCAGUCCUGUUGUCAGAAAUUCUGAAAUUGGGUCUUUCUUUAGGCUUUUUACAUAUAGAGGCUGGAAAAGUGCUAAGAGUAACAUUACAUCGCCUUUAUCGCGAUGUACUCAUGAAUGUGUGGGAGACAUUCAAGUUAGCUGUCCCUGCUUGCUUGUAUGUGGUGCAAAAUAACCUCCUCUUCAUUGCACUCUCCAAUCUUGAUGCUGCUACUUAUCAAGUAACAUACCAGCUAAAGAUCUUAACAACAGCCAUAUUCUCCUGGGUGAUUCUAGGCAAACAUCUCAGUCCAAUACAUUGGCUCUCUUUAUGCUUUCUUAUGCUUGGAGUUUCUCUUGUACAGGUUGAUAGCGGAAGUGGCAGCACAAAUCCCAACAAAAUAUUACCAGAAGUUGAGGUUGUUGAGGGUGGAGACCCUAUGAUCCUAGGAGGCUCUGAGGAUGGGGCUGGCUUCCCCCCCCCUGAUAUACACAAUGAAGCACACCCAAACACAGAAGUCUCAUGGCUUUUGGGAAUCUUUGCAGUUUUUAUAUCAUGCAUCUCCAGUGGCUUCUCUGGAGUAUAUUUUGAGAGGCUGGUCAAAAGAGGAAAGCAGCCAUCUCUAAUUAUCAGAAAUAUUCAACUUGGGAUGUUUUCUAUUUUUUUUGCUAUAAUAGCAGUAACCAGUGAUGGAGCAGCAAUCUCAGAAGGAGGAUUCUUCCAGGGGUAUACCUGGACCACAUGGGGUGUUGUCUUGAUACAGGCAUUUGGUGGCUUGAUGGUAUCAGUGACCAUGAAAUAUGCUGACAAUAUCCUGAAGGGCUUUGCCACAUCGCUGUCUAUUGUCAUGUCAACACUAGUGUCCUGGUUGGUCCUGGGAGAUGCAGCUCCUUCUAUGCAGUUUGUUUUAGGAGCUUCGAUUGUUAUUGCAUCAACAGUUCUGUAUGGUCUGACCCCCCAGGCAGCUAAGGGCAGUAACCAAGGGAAUCUACAACCAAGAACUGACAGCCCUCAUAAGAUUAUGGGGAACAAAAAGUCCAAGUGAAAUAGUAUGACUAAGGCAGAGACAGCUGUGGAAGUGACUGGACAGCAGAGUGAGUAUUCAAGGAGAUAUUCAGCCAGCAAUGUGAUGAAAUUGAGAGCUGAUUUCUGCACAUAUACAAAUGUUCAUCAGAAGUUCUAAGAUGUGCAUUUCUCUCUCUUUUUCAGGAUAUUUUGUUGUGUAUGAUAAUAUUAAUGAAAGGUUAUUCUCAGGCAGUAGGAAGUUCUAGGGUAGACAGUGAAUGAUACAGCUUAUUUAAAUAAAUUGUUUAUUUUCUAAAAGAUAAUGAUCAAUGUACAAUAUAUAA